AUGCUUGAACAUUCGAAGCAAAAAAUCAAGCUGAGCGACACCGACAAGAAUCUGUUAUACAGAGUAGCCGAUGCCACAACAGAAGACAAAGCAACAAAAGCGAUGCAUGAAGUACGAGAAACGGUACCAAGAGCAUUUUUGUACCUCGAAGCGAUCCCGGGAGGGAUGCAGCAUUGGUCCACGUGGGCCAUCAACCAAGCUGGUUUCGCAACUUACGUAGUCAAAACGUCAAAUGGCGCUGAACAAAAAAAUGCAUGGCUCGGGGUCCUUCUCCGCGCGUCGAAUCCCGUGUCCGAUUUGUACGGCUACAUGACAAAGCUCAUGUGGAAGUUCAAGAAACGCUAUGAUCAAGUCGUUGGACGAAGGCCAGGCGGUCUUGUUGAAGCUGCUAAGAGGCACCUCAACCAGCAACUCAAGAGGUCACGCGAGUAUAUCGCGUUCGAGUUGAACAAGGGCGUCCGCGAUGUACGCCAUAUUGGAAUGUUCACUGUCCGGCACUGUGAAGUAGCUGCAACGAAAUUCACCCACCGUGUCCACAUUGUUGACGUCCCUGAAAGAACGUGCACGUGUGGCUACUGGCAAGACUCACUGCUCCCUUGCUGUCGUGCUCUUGCUGCAACAAAGACGCACAUGUUGUCGGCGAUACACACAAAGGUGUGGCGGGUGCAGCGCAGGUGGCGCGUGAACCAUCCGUCGUAUGUGCCGUCGGUCUUGACUUGCUACCACGUGGUACUGGGUACGACAACAGUGUUGAUGCCAGGGGCGCGGUUGCUACGUUCGUCGAUCGAAAGGCGGCGCCAACGGCAGCAACUCACGCUACAGUGGCCGAACAUGAUUGAUGAUCCUACCGUCGAGUCCGGUCGCGAACCAAGAAACUUGUACGCCGUGGACGUGCUCACGGCAAUGCGUUGGUCGGUUUCCGCCGUCACAUCAACGACCAUUCGCAACUGCUGGGCCCAUACGGGGGUUCUACCUCGGAACUUGGGCCAUUCACUUCAGCUUUUGCUUACAGUUAAUGACCAGCAGAUAGCCACCCUUCAAAGUUAA